UUGGCCCGUCUUGAGUUCGUGUAACCAAUCAAACUCCAGUUUGCUGUUACCAGGAAGCAGGAGACGCGAUAGAGAACUAUAUGCCUUGAACUGAAUGCUACUUGAGAAAGACUGGUUAAUGGACAGAAAAGGUUCAUGUUUACGGGGGAAUGUGCUUGUCGAACAUCAACAUAAGUUACAUGUUUCACUUAGCAUGCAACUGUCGGUCUAAGCAUAGAAGAGCUUACGUUAGCAGUGGCAGCUACCUUACCGUGGAAGUUCCAGUUAGCUAGCUAAUGUAGCCAGCUAGCUAGCUUGGUUAAUUUGUUAAAGCAAACGUUACAACAUUGCUUAGCAAUGUUACGAACGUCGGUCCUAAAAUCAUAUUUCACCCACUUUACCGAUCAACUGUAAACUAACGUUACUUUGAAACGUUGCUUAUCAAAAUGGCAAGCACCGUGGGGGGAGUCGGUACGGGUGUUUUCGUUAUAACCAUCGUUUGGAUUGCAGCUCUUGUGUUUGGGAUGAUGCUGCUCAGAGCGUCUGGAUCGGCAAAGUUAGGCGUUAUCCCCGUUGGGUUUCUGGCUCUCACCAUCACUUUGGUGCUGGUGUUUUUCCCUCGCAGCCCAGAAACAACUCCCCCUUUCAAAGAGAUAGAGAUAGUGGACACUUUGUUCAUCGGCCGCUAUAUACUGCUGGCGGUGGCGGGUGCAGUCUUUCUAGUGAUGUUCUUCAUGCUGCUCCCCUUUCAUUUCCUGGAGCCAGUGCAUGCCAAGGCCUUAAGAACACACUAGAGCUGCCAGGGUCGGAGCUGGCAGAGGGAUCACACCGCUGAUGGGACACAACUUACGACAAGCAGGGCUGAGCAGAGCCCCCCCCCGCCCCCCACUACAGAAUGCAUCCCAAACAGAAACAGCAGGAGAGCCGGUGCCAGUGUUUUCUUCAUAACUGUGCUUGUUGACUGUGUGUGUGUGUGUGUACAACCAACAGAAAGGAGAUAUCAAACAGUACCCCAGAUUGUUGUAUUUGUAUAUUAUUUAUGUCUUAGUCGACUAAGAUUUCUUUAGCUGAUUAGGCAUUUUUUAUGCUUUUUUUUUCCAAGCUGAAUGACUUGUUUCAAGGCUUUUAAUGACUUUAAACAAGAUCUAAAGGGGUGCUUUUGCAUGAUUCUUUGUGGAGAAACGUUUUACAGAUCGAAUAAAUCAACUAAUCAAUUAGUCGACAAAAUCGUAUGAAUGUUAGUCCACUAAGAAUUUCUUUGAUCAAGGACAGCCCUACUUCUUAUUUACUGUAGAGUGGUACCAAUCUUCUCAGCAAACAUUUAAGCUUUCCGGGAAACAAUCUGCUGCUGGCUCAGCUGGUAGCAAGGUCCAUGGUGAGUUUGUGUGUGUGUAGUAAGACGUUUAAGGGAGGAUUGGGCAGGUGAUUUAUUUUUUUUUAUGAAAAAGGAAACCUCUACUAUAACGACCCAGAAUGCUUUGGGCUGCCACUUUGUCCAUUUCCUUCACAGCAUAUGUAACAUAACAGUAACCAACAGUUGUAGAUUUAUCUGCGAGACGUUAUUUAGAAGCUAUAGUAUCAUUGUUUUUUGCUAUUUAGUUUAUUGGUAUAUACUAUACUACAGAGUAAUAUACACAUAAACGAUGUGA